AUGAUGCAAGGUGGUGGCCCCGGCCUGGGGGGCUCCCUGUGGGACCAGGAGGAGUGGCCGGGGGCGGAGAAAGACCCGGGCUCCGUGUGGAGCCAUGAGGUGUGGCAGGACGAGGAGAACGAGGAGCUGGCGAAGAAGAGCCUCGUGGAAUACGUGAUGCUCUUCGAGCACACACGCGACGAGGCCACCGCGCUCGUCGCCAGCGCCUGGUCCACGUCGCCGCGCGUCACCCUGCACGAGAACCUGUACAGAGACAGCAAGCUGCAGGACUCCAUGCGCCGCUGCAAGGGGGUACCGGCGCCCCUGCGCCACCUUCCCGUCGCGCAUUCUUACGAAAAAAAAGCCUCGAUGCGUUCCCACCUCGAUGCGGAACAGUGGCACUUCAUGCGCGUCCUGGACGCUGAAGGUCUGGUUCCGCGCGCAACGGGGCCCGAGCUCGCGUCCCCUCUCCAGGGGGUCCUCGCCGUGUACUUCAGCGCGCUCGACCACCUGAAGGGCACCAACGAAGAGCGCGAGCAGUUCUGGAUCCCAGAGAGCGUCUUCCGGUUCAUCAUCGAGCUCGUCACCCGCUGA